GCGGACCUGAGCUCCGGCCGGGAGGCGGCAGGAGGCGGCUGAGGCGGCGACCGGAGAGCAGCGUCAGGGCCUCCGCCUCUCUCCAGGGACCAGACCGGUGGCCGAGGCAGCUGCUGGACAGCGGCUCCCAGGAGUUCGAGCGCUGCGACUCCCGAGCGCCCGGUAGAGCGCAGAGCGGAACUGGCCGUCGCCGACGGGACGGCGCUCAGAGGUAGUUGGUUCUCUCCCGGGCGCCGUAGGCAUCAGGUGACCGGGUUCCGGCGGAGUCACGUGACUCCGGGGUCGCGCGACCGAGACAUGGCAGCCCCCAGGCCGUUGUCCCGCUUCUGGGAGUGGGGGAAGAACAUCGUGUGCGUGGGCAGGAACUACGCGGAGCACGCCAGGGAGAUGCAGAGCGCCGUGCCGAGCGAGCCGGUGCUCUUCCUGAAGCCGUCCACCGCCUACGCCCCCGAGGGCUCGGCCAUCCUCAUGCCGGCCUACAGCCGCAACCUGCACCACGAACUCGAGCUGGGCGUGGUAAUGGGCAGGCGCGGCCGCGCGGUGCCCGAGGCCGCGGCCAUGGACUACGUGGCCGGCUAUGCCCUGUGCCUGGACAUGACCGCCAGAGACGUGCAGGACGAGUGCAAGAAGAAGGGGCUGCCCUGGACCCUCGCCAAGAGCUUCACGGCCUCCUGCCCCGUCAGCGCGUUCGUGCCCAAAGAGAAGAUCCCCGACCCUCACAACCUGAAGCUCUGGCUCAAGGUCAACGGCGAACUAAGGCAGGAGGGUGACACGUCCUCCAUGAUCUUUUCCAUCCCCUACAUUAUCAGCUACGUUUCUAAGAUAAUGACCUUGGAAGAAGGGGAUAUUAUCUUGACCGGGACGCCAAAGGGAGUCGGACCCGUUAAAGAAAACGAUGAGAUCCAGGCUGGCAUACACGGGGUCGUCAGUAUGAGAUUUAAGGUCGAAAGGCCAGAGUACUGAGUCUGUACAAAUCACCCGGACUUCUUAAGUUUCAGGAGAGAAGGGAGGUGGACAGAAGAAGCAAGCAAAAUUGUUAAAUGCAACGAUGCUUUAAUAAGAAAUAAUUUUUAAAUAUGAAUUAAUUGGGUUGUUAUGACUUAAGGAAGACGGACUCUUCCAGGAAAACGUGAUCGAAAAGCUGGGCCAGAAAUGGAAAGAACGAUUGUGUUUUAGGAAAAAAAAAACAAAAACAAAAACAAAGUUUUCGUGAAGCUUCCAAAGAGGAGAAUUUAUCAAACUAAAUGUUCUGAGGCCUUACUUUCCUUUCCUAAAACCAGACUGGAUAAGACUUUUCUGUGAGUCAUUCUGGGAUCAGGAAUUCAACACUGAAAAUCUACAAAGGAAGUUGAAAAUCAUGUUUUCUAAAAUUCCUUGAUCACGAUAACCAUCUGGAGGUAAUUGUAAAAAUAAAAAAUUUCCACCUUACUGACACAUACCAGGCCCACCAUAUUAAUUGGCAGAAUUAAUCUCCAGCAUUCCAAGUGAUUCUUAUCACGGAACUGGGGAAAACCACUACUCCACGUAAUCAGUUAAUUUAAGAUUGUAAUAAGUGACCAAUUAAUGAUGACCUCACUCAUCUGUGCCAUGGCCCGUAGAUUCUGAAUUUGGGAGAUAAUUUUGAAACGAUUAUUUUCCAAAUAAAUAUGCUAUCUUUUGUUUGGC